GAUUAGCAAGGGAAAGCACUCACUUUUUAAAUCGCAACUUGUUUACAAUUUAUUGUAAACGGCGCAUUCAGUGGCGUAUAUUUAUUUUAAAAAUUUAAGGAUAUUAAUAUCCACCCUUUGAAUAUAUGGUAAAACGAGCCCCCGACCUCACCUAAACCAACUGGCGGGCUAGUUCACUUGCUGCAUAGAGUUAAGGGCUAAAGGGACAGCAACUUCCUAAACACACAGAAAAUGUCAUGUUGCCACUGAAAGAAUAAUGGCCGACUCCCACUCCCAGAACUUCAGGAGAGUGAAUCUCUGCUCACCUGCUGGAGGGAUCUACAUAGAAUAUGGAGCUGAAGACCCCUUCUCUCAGUUGACCAAAGCCUUGUUGACCUCUGACUUUGAACAUCUGACCUAUCUGCUGGACUUAGGGCUGGAUCCUGAUUCCAGAGAUGAAGAUGGCAACACACCAUUGAUGAUAGCGGUCAAGGAAAGGUGUGAGAUGUCAUUAAACAUUCUGAUCAGCUACGGGGCAAGCGUCAAUGUUUGCAACAAUGAAAAGGAGACGCCCCUGAUGCUGGCGGGCUGGGAUGGCAACAUGUGGUCUGUGGAGAUGCUGCUGAAGAAUGGGGCGGACCCCAACUCUGUCGAGUGCAAGAAAGGCACCGCCUUGAUCCAGGCUGUCAAGCGCAGGCAUAAGGAAGUUGUUAGAAUGUUGAUCAGUGCUGGGGCAGGGAUAGACUUGUCUGACCAGUACAGCUUGACCGCUGUGUCCUACGCUGUCAAUGCCAGUGAAACUGACCUGGUGGAGAUGUUGUUGAAAGCUGGGGGUAAUCCUAAUGCCACAGACAGGUUCCGCUGCAACGCUUUAAUAAGAGCUGCCGAUGCUGGACGUGACGAAAUCGUCCAGAUUUUACUGCGCUACAAGGCUGACGUUCACUCCCCAACCAAGUACGGGGACACGGCCCUAACAUACGCCAGUCAGUUCUGCCAGGCUCGGACUGUCCAGCUCCUCAUUGACAGCGGCUCGAAGAUUAAUCACGCAAACGAUCGCGGGGAAACUGCCUUACAUCUGGCGGCAGACAGAGGUCGUGCUGAUGUCAUUAGAGUUCUGUUGACAGCCGGUGCAGAUCUUAACAUCAAGAAACAGGACGGAAACACGGCCCUAAUGUCUGGCGCUAGACGCAGCUCUGAUGUUGUUAAAGAGUUGAUCAAUGCUAGAGCAGAUCUCAACUUGAAGAAUUCUUCAGGUCACACCGCGCUGUUGAUUGCUGCCACCUGGGGGCCAUUCGAGGCCGUUGUUAACCUACUUGAAGCUGGCGCUGACCUGGAGAUGGCGUCUAAUGAAGGUGAGACUGCGCUAAUGAGUGCAGCCAGGUGCAACAGAAACAAGGCAGUGCUUCACCUGUUGAAGUCAGGUGCCAAGGUUGAUCUGGUGCACCGAGAUGGAACUUUGAACUCUGUGUUGAUGUACAUUUGCAGGUUUUGUCUGACGGACACAGCGCUCUACCUGCUGGAGAACAGGAAGCCAGCUGAGCUCAUGCUCAACCACGCCAACUCCGUGGGUCACACGGCCCUGACCUACGCCUGCUCGUGUGAAAACCCCCAGGUUGUGAGGUUGUUGAUUGAACUCGGUGCCAAGGUCAAUGUCCGAACCAAUUACAUGGACACGCCCCUAAUACUAGCCACCAAGUUCAGCGACCUGCUGACUGUUCAAUAUUUAACCGACGCUGGAGCAAAGAUUAACGUUUUAAACAAGGGCUACCAAACCCCUUUACUGAACGCUGUCAAACGAGAUCGAAUAAAUAUGGUCCAACUUCUUCUUUGGAGAGGUGCCUCGGUGACCAUGGAGCUCCAUUACGCAACUUUGCAGGGUAAAGGCGAGGCUGUGCAGGUCUUGAUGCAGAACGGUGCAGCGCCAACCGUUCAGAGCGUGGAGAUGUUCUUCACGGACCAAGCAGCACAGUCCUCUGGUCAUUACCCUCAGGGAGCUCAUCAUUCUGGCCAGGAUUUUUCAAUGUUUGACUACCAACUCUCUCCACUGUGCAUAGCACUGCUGUCUGGCCACCCAGACAUUGCCAGGUUUUUCCUCACCAACUGGUUCCUCACAACAUUUGAUACCUCACAUCUCAUCAACAGUCGUUGCUUUAGGCAACUUUUGGUCAAUAAAAACCUUGACACGUGUCUAGAGAUUCUGGACAACAUCUCCUCUCAUCCCUGGAGACUUCAGACACUGAGUUUUGUGUCAGGCUCCACCAUAAUGGGGGAUGGGCCGGACAGGGCGGAGAACAUCCAAAAGCUCAAGUUGCCAGAUUUCUUCCAGAGGAGAUUCCAAUUUCGAGACUGCUCAGCAUUUAGUGAUAGAAGCAACUGGAAAGAUGUUUCUUAUACUGUGUAGGUUGAUGUAUCUUCUACCUGUAGUAGUUGUAGUAUGCUGAUUGCUGUUUAAUACAAGCAAAUUUUUCUCUACGUCUCUAAAACAUGAAGCAAAAUGCAGUUUUUGAAUGAAUGGUAUGUUUUCUCACUCAUUUAUGUAAAAUUUAUUUAGUAUUUUACUAUUAUGUUAGUUCUCUGUUUAUGUUAGUUACUAAGUUUUAUUGUUAAAAAAUCACAUCAAGUUUAUUCAAGUUAUGUGAAAGUGUGAUAUUAUUAUGUUUUCAGUAUUAAUAUAUUGUAGAACUAAACAAAAGAAAUUUUAAAUACUAUGUAUUUGUAUGUUUAUAUUUUUUUAUAUAAUAUAUGUAAAGAUCACAAAAUGCUCUCUAUUUCAUCACUAUCUGAAACAUACCACAAAGAAGUUUCCAAUCAUUACAAAUUUGUGCAGCUUAGGUUUGAAGAUUUGUUUACAAACCCUCAAAGAAUAGAAACAAUAAUGUCCUAAUCAUUUUUUACUUCAACAGCCCACUAUUGUUUUUAAAUGUUAUUACAUUUUUAAACAUGUUGAUUUUAUUAAACUUGAGGAAUUUUUUUUUUUUUUUGGAAAAACAAUGUGUUACUGGUCCUUCAUAAUUUGGUAAAUUAGAUCUCGAUCAGUUUUUGUAAACUACAUCAGAUAUUAUAUAAGACUGAUAAAUGCACUUUACUUUUAUAAAAAUUUCAGUUUUUGAUUUGAGUUCUGGUGGGUUUUUUUUUUAUUUUAAUCUUUGUAGCUUGAAACCAUUUUGUAAAACAAAAUCUAUUUACUUAACUGUUAAUAAAAGGUAAAAAUUAUAAUACAGCAGAAAAUGUAUUUAGUUGGACUAUAUUCUUCUCUACUGAGGUUUUGUUGGUCAUAUUUUAUGAAAUGCACCAAACAAAACAAAAGUUAUUGUUUAUAUUAAUCAUCCUGACAAAUACCUAAGGUUGAAUUUCAAUUGUUGCAUUUUUUAAAACUCUCUUGUAUGUUAAAUUUAUUUUGAGUAUGCAUUUAACUAACUUCUGGUCAGUGAAAUGUAUUUUGCAGAUAACAAAUAACACCCUUAAAAAAGUUACUUUUACAAUUAUUACCUUCUACUUCUACUGAUGUAUUUUAAUUAAUGAACCACAUCAGACACAAAUAAUUCAGUAGAUGUAUAUGAGUUAUAUUCUAUAAACUUCUGUACAAGUUUUAUAUAUAUAAGUGGUUGUUAAAUUAAAAUUUGAAUAUUUUAUACAUUUUUUACACAAAGUCUAAGUGAUGCAACUAUUAAAAAAUGUAAAUAAAAAAGUGAACCAAGUUGCUUGACUAUUGUAUCAUCAUUCAAAUAAAGUUUUCCUAAUUUGUAGGUCGUUCUGUUUUAUAUUUAACACAGUAUCAUAAACUUAAGGGUAGUUGUGUU